UUUUAGGACAGAGAUUCAUUACAAAUAAUCGAUUGGCAAUCAACUUUUUAUAACAUAAUAGACUGGGUUUGCAUCUGUGAUGCUGCAUCAGGGUUUUGCGUGCCGUGUGCACAUGUUCUUUUUGCUCUAAGAACGAAGAAUGUAACUGUUAAUGAUCUACAGUUGAUUCAUAAAAGGUGGAUUUUAUGCAAUACUGUAGCAAACCAGGUAAGUUUUGACCAAGCGCCAUCACAUAUUACCUCAAAUAUAGAAUUAUUACCUCUCUGUUGUGCCACUCCCAAACAAAGAUUUACUACAGCAAUGAGUUACCUUCAACCAAUAGCCUCUAGGCUCGCUGAAAUGCCACCCAAAAAAUUUGAACUUGCAAUAACCUGGUUAGAAUCUAUUAAUCAACAAUGCAUUUCUGGUGAAUGGGAACUGAUGUUUCAAAGUGAUCCUUGUCUAGAAGUUUUUACACCUGCAGAAGAUCACAGUGAUCCUUGUCUAGGAGGUUUUACAUCUACAGUAGAUCAAAGUGAUCCUUGUCUAGAAGAUUUUACAUCUACAAAAGAUCUAUCAUCAAAAGAAAUUUUAGAAGUUAAAUCACCUUCAAGUGCAGAUCCUAUGAUUACCCCACUUGAAUACAUAAAUAAAGAAAUAUGUGAAGUAGUCUCUCAAGAGCCACAUAUAAAUUUAGUUUUAAGGCAACCCCAGCGGAAGCCACCUGGUCGUGUAGGUAAAAACAAACAGAGACUUUUUGACAAAGCUAUAAAAGCGUUUGAAAAAUUAGGUAGUUUCGAAAAAGAUCAUAUCCGUCUCUGUUGGUUUGUAGAAAGAACAGUUGCCCUGCAGGUUUUACACGAGAGUGCUAAAAUUACCACCUGCCAGUUUUUAAAGCAGUUAUUGAAUAAGAUUGCUGACCCUAGAGCAAGUCUUGAUGACAUUAAGCAAUAUUUUGUAGAGGAUGCAUGGGCUGAAGUCAUCAAACAGUGUGAAGAUGUGAGGAUUGAAAAAUGGCCGUGUCAAGUAUGCGGGCAGUCUAAGGCAGCUGGAAAAAACCAAAAAUGGCUUCAGUGUGAUCAUUGUUUAGACUGGUUGCAUUAUGUUUGUCUACAAAUAUCUUGCAAACCUAAAGGAUAUUGGUUCUGUGCUCAAUGUAAAGUAAGGAAAUAGUGGAAUUUAGGUUCAUAUCCUAAUAUAAAAUAUUUUUAAAAGUUUUUAAUAUCUAUUUAUUU